GCAAAGCCCAAGGUAGCCAAAGCCACCGAUUUCCUGUCACCUGGUACCUCUCAGAGACCCUGGUCCCAAGCCCAGGCCAGCUCACUCACCGCCGGGCACUUGAGCAACUAGUCAGAGGAUUGAACCCAGCAGCAGGCAUCCAAGUUGACCGACCCCUGAGCCCUGACACGUUGGAGAUUCAUUCAGGAGUUUGGAGGGUACAAUGACCACACCCAGGAACUCAAUGAGUGGAGCUUUUCCUGCAGAGCCUCUGAAAGGCCCUCUUGCCAUGCAUCCUGUUCAUAAAGGGGUGCCCAGGAAGAUGCCCACAGUUGUGGGGCCCACACAAAGUUUCUUCAUGAGGGAAUCCAAGGCACUGGGGGCUGUCCAGAUUAUGAAUGGGCUCUUCCACAUAGCCCUGGGUGGGCUCCUGAUGAUGCAGGUAGAGGUCUACACACCCAUCUGUAUGAUCCUGUGGUACCCUUUCUGGGGAGGCAUCAUGUAUAUCAUUUCAGGAUCACUCCUGGCAGCAGCAGAGAAAAACACCAAGAGAAAUUUGGUCAGGGGGAAAAUCAUAAUGAAUUCACUGAGUCUCUUUGCUGCCAUUUCUGGAAUAAUUCUUCUGAUCAUGGAUAUAUUUAAUAUUACAAUUUCCCACUUUUUCAAAAUGGAGAAUCUGAAUCUUAUUAAAGUCCCUGUGCCAUUUAUUAAUAUUUACAACUGUGAGCCAGCUAACGCCUCUGAGAACAAUGCCCUGUCUGCACAGUACUGCAACAGCAUCCGGUCUGUCUUCUUGGGCAUUUUUGCUGUGAUGCUUAUCUUUGUGGUUCUCCAGAAACUUGUGACUGCUGGGACGGUUGAGAAUGAGUGGAAGACCCCGUGCUCUAGACCCAGAGCUAAUGUAGUUCUUCUGUCAGCUGAAGAAAGGAAAGAACAGCCGAUUGAAAUAAAAGAAGAAAUGGUAGAGCUGACUGAGAUGUCUUCCCAGCCAAAGAAUGAGGAAGAAAUUGAAAUUAUCCCAGUUCAAGAAGAAGAAGAAGAAGAGCAAGAACAAGAACAGAUGGAAAUAAACUUCCCAGAACCUCCCGAAGAAGAAGCCUCGCCGACAGAAAAUGACAGUGUCCCUUAAACUAUUUGUCUGAUUUCUUUUUUGUGAGCAUCAGUGAUCACAGCUAUCAAGAGAUAUAUUUGCCCCGUUUUCUUGAGGUUCUCUGAAUUUACAUCACUCUUGAUUCUUUGUAUGAAGAAUCCAGAGUUCCUAUUCCAGUUCUCUCUCUCCCUCUCCCUCUCCCCCUUCUUCUCCCUCUCCCUCUCUCUCUCUCCCUUUCCCAGUCACAGAACAUUCCCACUUUGUAACAAAUUUUGUGUCUUGUUUGGAUCUGGAUCAGUUUUCUAACACUUAAAGUGGGGAGGGGGGCAGUAGUGGUGCACUUGGUUGAGUGCACGUUACAAGUUAUAAUGCUCAAAGACCCUGGUUCAAGCUCCCAGUCCCCACCUGCAGGGGGAAAGCUUCACAAGUAGUGAAGCAGUGCUGCAGGUAUCUCUCUGUCUCUCUCCCUUUCUGUUUCCCUCUCAAACAGUAUAGAUUAUAUGGGGAUAUGUUUCUACCUAUCAAAGCUUUCCCCACCUCCUGCUUUAAGUCUUUUACUGUCUUGUCUUGCUACUUUCUAGUUUAUAGAUGUGAGUUGAAAGAAUGAAAGAGAAAUAACACUGUGAACACACAAAUCUUCAAUGAUAACCAGUGCUUGCAUUUGUAGAAUAUAUUCCAUUUGACAAAGUA